GCCGAUGAAAGGUGGCUCUGGUCAGUAUGGUUUAGUCCUCUGGUAGUACGCAGUGCGAAUACGUGAUUAGUAUUUGAGUAGUUUCUUUGGAGCUCUAAUGGGGACAGCGCAGAGUUCCAUAGUGGCCUCGCUCUCUUUCUGGUCCGUGUACUUCCUCUCCGUUCACAUCUACCGCUGUCGUCACCUGUUGAAGACCAGGGUCCUCAGCAGCGACACAGUGCCCAGUCUGGCGUAUCUGGCCAUCAGAUAUGUGUCCAGGGCUGUGUCUCGGAGGACAGGGGUCCUGUACACAGCUGCUCCACAGGGGGGGCAGCACGUCGUCUACACGGUCCUGAACUGCAGGCUGGAGACUUCCAUGUUGAGGAGGUUCUGCAGUGCUGCAGGGUAUGGUUGGGACUACCCAGACAGCGACUAUAGAGACGUCCCACUGUGCUUCCCUGAGAUUCUCUGCUGCAGGCUGCUGCUCAUGGUGCUAACCGAUGACAACUUCCAGCUCAGUCCAGCAGGUCUCGUUCGUGUGUGUCAGAGUUUGAAAACCCUUCAGCCAGUGGAUGAACUAAAGAAGGGUCCGUUCAUGCUGCAGGUUCGAGUCCUGGAGUACCGGCAAAUUAAUGCAGGGGUGGAGGUCGACAUCUGUUUGUCUGCCACAUCUCGUACCAAAAGCCCCGUGUGGGAGAGCGUCCUGACGCUGCUGUCCAAGAACAAGCUCCAAAAAGUUGGAAGACGCUUAUCCAAGAAUGAACAUGAGCAGCAAUCUGGCCAACCAGAUGAGCCUGUGCCAGGAAAUGUGAAGCAGAUAGAGCUCCAAGUUCCCAGGACUACCGGCCUGCAGUGUUCAUGGUCCUUCUCAGACUACUCCCCAUAUCGGCUCCUCUCUCUACCGGCCCGGCUCUUUGGCUACAGGACGCACACCGCACCCAGUCUCUGGAUGCUGUCUGUCUGCUUGGCUGAAAUAGAAAAGCACACAGGGGUUGGAGUCAUCACAGCUCCCAUCAACGUCACUGCCCAGUUUGGGGAGCCUCUGUUGGUACCAGGUAGAGUGGCGAUCAAGUUUUGGGAAAAGACCAAAAAUCUGAGUCCGACUCCGACCCAAGGCCUCAGCUUUCACAUUUCUCAACAUGGAAGCAACAUAUCUCACAUGAUGGGAUUGAUUUCAAGGUGAUUGAUUAACAUAGAAGGUAAAUGUAUGUGGUUUGGCCAAAACCACAUUAUUAUUGUUUCCAAUUUUGUAUUGCAACAUUUUGAUAAGACAGUGUGUAAUCAAUGCAACAUACCGGAGAUCAGCUAAUUGAUGUUCAAGUUUGUUCUGAUAUGAUCAUAAAAUAACUUCUUGCAAUUUUGAAUAAAUAUUUUCUAAGAGGA